UGUGACACCAAACUCAUUAAUUGGACGGCUCAAAUCAGAAGGAUCACAGACCAUAGGGAGGGAGAAAUCCCCACUCCCAUUCUAGAUCGCUGCCGACACCCAUCCGUAUCUCACCACUCUCCCCAACCUCAUGCCAUUUGAGCCUAUCAUCACUUUUUAAUUGCUCCUCUUCCUCUCCCUCACAUAUUCCUUGUUCUCCUCGCUCUCUCUGGCCAAUAUUCCAUGCAAUAGACUUGGAUACAUGCAUAGAGAGAAAACAAAAUAGGCUUCAUACACACCAUGUCAACCAUGAUUCAAUUCACCUCCUUUCUCCUCUCCCUCUUCUUCUUCUUCCUCCUCCUCAACCAAACCAAUUCUCCGAUGGUGGCCGCCACCCACCCCGAUAUAAUUCUCAAGACCUGCAAGCGCUGCGCGAAGGGCGAUCCCAACCUUAACUACACUCUGUGUGUAGAAUCCCUUGCAUCGGUGCCCAAGAGCCAUCACUCCGACGUGCGAGGACUAGCGAUCGUUGCAGUGAAGCUGUCCAAGGCCAAAACGAUGCAUGCCAAGUCUAUGGUGAAGAAGCUUUUGAAGGCGAAACCGAUGGAAGGCUACAUGAAGAAUUGCUUGCUGACCUGCACGGAUGUAUAUUCGGAUUCAAUAUCCGACCUCAAGGACUCCAUGAAGGCGAUAAAGUCCGGCCAGUACAAGGAUGCCAAUAUACGGAUUAGUAGUGCAGUAGACGCCCCCGGCAACUGCGAGGAUAGCUUCCAAGAUGGGAAUAUCAAGUCGCCGUUGAUGGAGGAGAACAAGGACGUGUUCGGGCUCGCCGUCAUUGCCCUGGGCAUCACCGCCCUCCUCGGGUGACUGUUCCAUUCAUAUUAUAAUCGUCCUAUCUUCGAUAAUUAUGUGAGGAUAAACUAAGAGGAUAUAGAAAGAUGUAAUUGUUUAUACCGCAAUAAGAUGGCCUAGAAUCAAGUUCCUUACGAUGGCUUCUUUCCUAGAAAUAUAAUUAUAUUGUGGUAUAUAUUCUUCU